AUGGAAAUGGCGGCGCCACCGCCGCCUGCCCGUAGGAGGCGACAGCCUUUCAUUACGUCUUUCCUUGAAAACGUAUUACCGUUCCUACCGGCACGUGAGUUGCUUGUUUGUGCGACCGUAUCCCGCACCUGGAGGGAGGAGUCUAGGGCACUUUCCAUCUGGAGAGCGCUUCUAAUCAGUAAUCCACGGACAGUACAGUACGGGUAUCAAGGGCUUACGCUAGGAGAGAUGCAAAAAAUAGCCCUCCGAGCCGCUAAUUUGUCGGACAACCGUGGUGACGCCGGUGGAGUCACUGACCAAGAAACCAGUGGAAUGGAAAGAAGUGACUUGAGAGACAGUGAGAGAAGAGCUGAGCCGUCCCUGGAGAACGCGAGAGGUAAGCAACGCAGACAAUUCUCAUCAUGCGGAGGGGUCUCGACAUUAGAAAGAGGUGCAAUAAUGAUCCAGCGGACUGGUGGGGCCAUCUGUGUCGAAACGAAAAGUUGUACCAACGAUAUACAGAAAACCUUCGAAACCGUUCAAACGUAUAUCGUACAUGUGAGAGAAAACGUUAAGUCAAUUGCGUGUGUAAUCGAUGCACUCCGUCAGAAGGUACCAAGCAGUGAGUCUAUUAAGUUUCAUCAACAGUGUGUUGGGUUGUGGAAGAGGCUCAAUGUGUUCGAGGAGAUUGUUAUCGAUUCGCUUGAUGAAGGUGAAACCGCAUCACUAAGAGGACUUCGCAACUUUAAGCAGGUGGAGGUGGUGAUGUCAGGACAAGUAGAAUCGCAAGCUUACAUCCAGUGGUGUUUUUUCAAGCAAGCACUUCCACUUGAUGAAACCUAUUAUGAUUACGUAGACCUGCUGUAUUCAUUAGGUCCAGCCAGAUGUGGUCCCGCGAUCGCGACUCUUUCAGAAAUAGAGCUGGCCGUAGAGAGGAUUCGAAUGAACAAUCAGCUUCAAACUGUCAUCGAUGGUGUGAUAAUGAUGAAAAGUGUGGAUAUUGGAAGAUUAUGUUGGGAAUCUUUGAUGGCUUAUGUAAACACAGAGAGGCGUGCAGCAGAUCUUGGUGGACGUAGACCUGAAUAA